GUUUUUCUUCAGCUUUGUCUUUCAACGGAGGACGUAUCCAGUAUCCACAGAACCCCACAAUCGAAUGUCCGUUCAAUGUCUAUGAUUGAUUGAUUGACCCCUUUUUCUUCGACGACAAGAAUCUGGUCUGGAUUCCGAGUAUCGCAGAUAGCUCUAGCGUCCUCCGUCGUUCUCCUGUUACUUUGUUUGAUUCUUCUACUUCUCACACAAUCAGGGGUUCGGAUUGAUUUCAAAGAGCAGCGAAGUUCCUGCAGAAACGCAUUCACUUUGAGCAUUUCCUAUCCGCUGUAGCUGGUGGUGCCUAUUCUCAUCUGAAGGAGGUAACGUUCGAAUUAACCAACUGUCGCUUAACCCAGAUGCCAGAAUCGUUUCUACCGAUCAAAUUGAUGGUUUUUGCUGAAAAAAGUUGCAGACUUUUUCCUUUUCUUCGUUCAAUUGUUCUCACUCCACUAAGGUUAUUUGUUCCUGUAGAUUGGUCACUAGAACUGAAGUUUUAAUCUUUUGAUCUGUGAGGUUUUUGUGUGGCUUUGCUAGUUUGUUUGGCCUCUUAUCAACGAUGAAGGGUCGAUAUAUAUUGAAAUAGGUCUGUGGAUUCUUUUUGUUUUCUGCUUUUGCUUGCUCUGUAGUUUAGGCUGCUUUCAGCUUUCUCUUGUGUCAAUGGGUUGCCGUUAGUUUUAGCUACAGUCUUUAAUGCCAGUCUGUUUCCUUAACUACUACAUCAAGUGAAGACUACUGCUCCAAAGCCCCUGGCAAAUGGCUCAGUUUGAUGAUGUGAUGAAGAACCAAAUCGCGGCAAUACUGAAGGUUAUAAAUUUCUCAAGAUGCUUGAAAGAAGACAAAAUUCCAUGCCACAUUGAAGAUGGAUUGUUCUUAGGGUCAGUUGGUGCUGCUAACAACAAGAAUGCACUGAGAAGCAGCAACAUCAGUCACGUGUUAACUAUAGCAAAUUCCCUAGCUCCGGUUUAUCCCAACGAUUUCGUUUAUAAGGUCAUUGCAGUUGCUGAUAGGGAAGAGACCAAUUUGAGACAGUACUUUGAUGAAUGCAUCAACUUCAUCGACGAAGCCAAGAGGCAAGGAGGUGGUGUUUUGGUACAUUGCUUUGUUGGAAAGUCCAGGAGUGUCACCAUUGUUCUUGCCUACCUGAUGAAGAAGCAUGGGAUGACGGUAUCUCAAGCUCUGGAACAUGUGAAGUCGAGGAGGCCUCAAGCAUCACCAAAUGCUGGUUUCAUUUUGCAGCUUCAAGAGUACGAGCGAUUUCUUAGAGGUUCAUCAUCCUGCUAGGUACAGAUUUGGAUGAUCUCUGCAGAAUGGUAAUGCUUGCUCUCGCACAAUGAGGUGGCAUCAUAAUGCUGAUGAAGUAUGGAGGGAGAUUGGAGAGAGAUUGCUGUUACGGAUUAUAUACUCUGAGUAGAGUAGCUAAUGUAAUUAUGUUGGUCAAAAUCAAAAACUGGUUUUUUGUAGAAGCAAUCAAACACUUUGGACAUGGAGUUCUUAGUAGCAGGAGUUGAAGUACUUUUAGCGGGGAAGCUCUUGUAUAUCGAAUGUUUGCUGAUUACGUUUGUCAGUUGUUGCAGGAAAGAAGGUGAGAAUGUGAAGGGGCAGAGGAUAUAAAUCGUGGGGUUGUAAAGAAACCGGCAUUCCAAAUAGUUGUGUAAGAGCAGGCUUUGACAUCUGUAUUCUUCAGAUUGAAUUGGCAACAUGGCUGCCCAAAGACAUGAUUUUUAUGAAUUGUACCAGAACCAGAUGGACUAAAGAGUAAGGGAGCGAAUGUCACACAUGAUUAAGCUCUUUGGUUGUUGUGUCCCAAUCAAUUAAGAAGCGAGAGGACUUUACAUACCCAUUUGCUGCUAAGUUCUUGGGAAUUUUCAUCUUUUCUUUUCAAAUGUGCAACAAUUUGUGGUUUGGUGGUGGGUUUUCUAUGUCAAAUCUGAAGUUUGGUAAGAAGUGUUGUAGGUCUUUUAAUUAGUCUUAAUUAAUUCAUUACCUUGCUCCAUGAAACCAAAGUGGACUAGUGGAGUCGUUGAGAAGUUGACUCGGUUCGUCGAGAAAUUGUCUUGGUCAAUUAAUUAGUUUAAUUCAUUGCAUUGGUCUAUAAAAUCAAGGCAUAUCUUCAUCGCCGAUACACAACAUUCUCUAAUUAAUUCUCCGACGACGAGCAUCUCGUCCAGAUUCCGAGCAUCCGCAGGCAGCUUUACCGUCCUCUGCCGGUCUUCUCCUGUACAUAUGGGUUCGGAUUGAUUCCAGUAAGUUAACCUUCUGUGCUGUCCGCCGUAGCUGGUGCGUGGUGCCUAAUCUCGUAUAGGUCUCGCGGAGACUGCUGCACCAAAGCUCCUGGCAAAUCGCUCCAGUUGAUGUGAUGAAGAACCAAAUCGCUACUAUUCUGAGGGUUAUAGAUUUCUCAAGAUGCUUCAAAGACGACAACAUUCCAUGCCACAUUGAAGAUGGAUUGUACUUGGGCUCAGUUGGUGCUGCUCUCAACAAGAAUGCACUGAGAAGCAACAACAUCACUCACGUACUAACUUUACUGAAGUCCCUGCCUCCGAUUUACACCAACGAUAUCGUUUAUAAGGCCAUUGCAGUUACUGAUAGAGAAGAGACCAAUUUGAGAGAAUACUUUGAUGAAUGCAUCAACUUCAUCUACGAGGCCAGGAGACAAGGCGGCUGUGUUUUGGUACAUUGCUAUGCUGGAAGGUCCAGGAGUGUCACCAUUGUUCUUGCCUACCUGAUGAAGAAGCAUGGGAUGACGGUAUCUCAAGCUCUGGAACAUGUGAAGUCGAGGAGGCCUCAAGCAUCUCCAAAUUCUGGCUUCAUUUUGCAGCUUCAAGAGUACGAGCGGUUUCUUAGAGGUUCAUCGUCCUGCUAAGAACAGAUUCGCAUUAUCUCUGCAGAACGAGGUGGCAGCGGGAUGCUGCAGAAGUAUGGGGGAAGAUUGAAGAGAGAUCACAAUCAAAUAUUCUGGACAUGGAUGUACUAUGUAGUAUGUACAUUGUUCUUACUUACUAGCAGGCAGCAGCAAGUUAAAACGUUUCUUUUUAUUUUAUAAAAGAAAAAGAUAAUUAAAUAAUGGGC